UUUUAAACCUAUAACACCCUUCUAAAUUUUUUUUAUUUGUGUUUGAUAAGAAAUAACUAAGAUUUCAAUAGUUGGGCCAACUGAAGUGGGAAGAAGCUCGUACAUAAAUAACCUUAAUUUAUAUUACAAGUAUAAAUAAAUGUUAUGGGCUUGGUUUAUAUAUAAGAAUACGUGUUAUUAUCUAGACCAGUUUUUCUCAAACUUGGUGACACCAUCCUCCUACGGAUCGAGUAUUAGGGAGCGUAGUGUAAAUUGAGUAUCAGCUACAGACGCAGCUUGUAUGAAUGCGACUGGUGUAGUGGAAGUAAAAGAUUCAAAAUGUGUAUCCUGAUAAUACUAUGCAGAAUGGAGAAACCGCUGUAUUUGACUGCCGGAAAAUUUUUUCCACUCACUCUCGGCACCGUUAUAUCGCAAUGUAUAAAACUGUUGGAUAGAGAUGUCGACAUUAGUAUUAUUACAUAUGUGCAUAAGGCUUCGUGA